GUUUAUUAGAGGUAGUAUUAUCUGGAUAUAAGGAUGUAAAAAGAGGAGUAAUAAAACAUGAGGAAGUACGAGAUAAUGAUGGUAAUAUAAGACAUGUAUAUGCAUUAGCAGUAGAGGGAUACGGAUUAAGGGAGGUCAUGGGUACACCAGGAGUUAAGGCUGUUAGUGUUACAUCUAAUCAUGUUGCUGAGGUCGCACAGAUACUAGGUAUAGAGGCAGCUCGUCAAGUAAUUAUUAACGAAAUACGUAAAUGUAUGGAUGCAUAUUCAAUGGAUAUAGACUGUAGACAUAUGACUCUAUUAGGAGAUGUAAUGACAUUCAG